AGCCGUCUAGGACUGUGACAACAUACCAGAAAUCGAUCGCCUGUAUACCGGAAGACUACCUCAAGCAUGCUUCGGAUGAUUCUCCAGUCCAGGUUGUCCAGUCCACAUGCCAGCUUAGGUAUUGACAGUUUUCUCAGGUCCUCGGCAAGCAACAAUUCUCUAAGAGAACACAAAGCGUUCCAGACAUCCUCGUAAUUCGCUUUCUGAUACGAAACUUUCUUGGUAACCAGAUAGAAGAUCUUUCGGUUGAUACCCUCUUCAGUUAUCUGGAGUACUUCUCCUACUUCCGGCUCGUGGACUCUUCCAAACUUCAUAAG